GUGGAUAUUUCUUUUGCUGUUGUAUUGAUACAAAUUAACUUUCAUUCUUCUCAUAUUAUAAAAAUUAACAAUCAAGGUUAUGCAUAUUUGUUUAUCCUCGGUCUUGCAUGCUCGGACUUGCGAUUCUUCAUUAAACAUGAUAUGUUUUCAGCAAGUUACAUUGGACUGCUUUCAGUUGUUCUUUAAGCUUGGCUUUUCUCAAAUUCUUUUCUUGCACCAAUUAAAGUUAUUAAUCGCAUAGACUGCCAUUGGACAAUGCCUUAUGUUUUUAUGCUGCUUUGUUUCUCAGGAGGCCCUAGAUAAUAACAGGAGAGAAAUAACAGCUGCCUUAAUGAAGAGCUAUCCACAGCUGCUGCAAAAAUUUAUUGCGGAUAAAGCAAAGUUACCUGCAUUAGUUGAAAUUCUUUUGCUUUUGAACCUAGAGCUAUACUCACUUAAAAGGCGGGAGCAGAGUUUUAAGUCUAUUUUGGAUCUGAUUGCCGAAGCAUUCUUUAAACACGGUGAGGAGGAUGCUUUGAAAUCCUGUAUAAAGGCUCUUAUCUUUUGUUCCACCGAGAGUCAAGCGGACUUGCAAGAUUAUGCCAAGAAUAAGCUAAAAGAUCUCGAAAAUGAGUUACUAGUUAAGCUGAAGGCUGCCAUAAAAGCUGUAAAGGUUGGAGAUGAUGAGUAUUCUCUUUUGGUUAAUUUGAAACGGUUGUAUGAGGUUCAGCUGAAGAAAAAUGUUGCUAAUGAUGACUUAUAUGAUGAAUUGGCUAGCAUUCUUAGAGAUGUAAAAGGAUUGGAUGAUGAGGUGCUUGGUUUUGUACUUCUCAAUAUGUAUUUACAGGUAGCUUGGUCUUUGUAUUCAAUUGAUGGUGAAAAUCCCUCUGAGGUCUCUUUAACGGUGCUUUUGUCCAAGAGAACGAAUCUCUUUGAGCAGCUAGAACACCUCAUGGACUCCUUGGUCGUAGUCCAUGAGGAAAGGCGUCGAACAGUUCUUCCAUUCAGAGUUUCCAUCAUACUAGCAGAAAUGUGGAACUUGUUCAAGACGUCAAAAUAUGCAUCCACAAAACUGGAGAGUCUAGGAUAUUGCCCGGAUUUAUCUACUGUUCAGAAGUUUUGGAAACUUUGUGAACAAAUACUUAACAUUUCAGAUGAGACUGAAGAUGAAUUUGCAAAUGAAGAAUAUAUUGAAGAAACCAACAAAGACGCGGUACUGCUUGCUGCUGCGAAGUUAGUGAUCAACAAUGCUGUUUCCAGGGAGUAUCUUGGUUCAGAGAUCAUUUCGCAUUUUGUGAUGCAUGGGACGAGCACUUCAGAAAUCAUCAAGCAUCUGAUUACAGUUCUAAAGAAAACUUCCAAUGACAUUCCUGAAAUGUUUCUAGAGGCACUGAAAAGGGCUUACCAGCGUCAUACGGAGGAACAAUUGAAGAGUAAUUAUGUAACCGUCACGGGAAAGUCUUUUACAGAUUGUGUGGAACUGGCCAAUAGGCUUUCAGCAACAUUUUCGGGCGCUGCUCGUAACAAGUUUAGAUUGGACAUUUUAAAGAUUGUUAAGGAUGGUAUUUCUUUUGCUUUUAUUGAUGCUCCGAAGCAGCUGUCUUUUUUGGAGGCAGCCGUUCUCUCAUUCGUGCCUAAACUUGUACCGUCGGAUAUCCUUGAAAUCUUGAGAGAUGUGAAGAAAAGAGCAGAGAAUGUGAACCCAUACGAAAAUCCUAGUGGUUGGCGUCCUUAUCAUGCAUUUAUUGAGCAAUUGCAUGAAAAAUAUGCCAAAAAUGAGGUUAUGCCAGGUUUCGUAGCCAUCGACACCAAAGGUCACUAUAUAGUUGCUAUUAGAGCUAACCGGGAAGCAACAAUGAAAUUGCAGCGUAACGAACCUCAUGAUACAAACACAAUUAGAGCUAAAUGGGAAGCAACAGUAGAAUCACGUUUUAUUGCCUUCGGUACCAAACCUUGCCAUCCAGUCACGCAUGGGAAUCCACUGACAGAUCGCAACAUACGGUAUCUGUGCGAUACAGUUGCGAUCCGACCAAGCUGGGACAACAAUGAUGGGAUCGCGAAUAAUUGCGGGGAAGCCAACAAUAGAUGUGCGACCAUUAGGGUCCAAAAUAAUAGCGAUUAA